GGAACAAGGGGAUUGAAAAUUACUAGGUAUGUGAUAGCUUUCUGUUGUUUCCGUCUGUUUUCCCGUCCACUUUGCAAGCGACUUUUUGAAAUGAGCAAAACCGACACCAAAGUGAGGCCUACUGGCAAGAUAUCAAAGGCCAAGAAAGCCAGUCCAUGUUUGUAGUGAAUGCCAAAAGGUACAUUUAUCUAAUCGAACUACGGCAGGUAAUUAAUUACGAACACAAUCAGGUAUACACUCGAGCUGAACAUCCGAGACGGCAUCAGGCUUCACACCAAGAGCCUCAGUUCGAAUGUCCGGUAUGUCAAAGGCGUUUUCAUCGCAAGGACCUACUAGAAAGACACUACAAGCGGUCAGUCAUACCAACUCCAUGAUAUGACAAUUCUGACAGUAGGUUCGUGUCAAACAUGAGGAAGGCAUGGAGUAGCCGGCUAUUUCGGGUCACACGAGUUGAAUUUGAAAUGUACAGGGAGCCCAUUUGCAACUGAUGGUUGAAAAUAAUUUAACAGUAUGGCUUGGCAAUUUAGGUUCGGAGUCUUUUGUUUGUGGCACUAUUUCCAUUGAUUCUUGCAACUCCACUCUGAAGGCGCAAACAGGGCGCUAGGUCCGCAGGGGAGUUGAAAGCUGACAAGACAGGGAUCCGAGCUAACGUAGGCGGGCGCACAAAGUGAGCCGAUCUCUUAUUGAUCGACAAUGCACACUCAACCGAGGACAUGCAAUCUUUGCUAGCGAUGCAUGGUGAUUGACUCAAAGGACUUUAGCGUCUUCUGGCAGGUGCAUAUGCCUGGGCUCCCUCAGCUGGCACCGUGGCUUAGUCACCUGCGACGCGAGCUUGGACAUGUUGGCGAUA